AGAUUAGAAUCAGAUAAGGAUAAUUUUUCACAAGACGUCUUAGUCAGUGCAAGUCGUCACGCAGACACGCUCAGCAAUAUCCACAGUAUUCCAAGUCCGCUCUGCUGAAGAAGGAUCUCCGACGCCGAAGCACAUGAAUGCGUGAGGACCAUGUCUUCGCGGGAUGACGAGCGCGAGCCCCUUCUGCCGCCCUCCUGCAACGCCUUCGUUCGCCAGCGGAGCAUCCGGCUGCCGAGGAACCGCUACCCGAGCGCGCAGCCGAUCAGCCCGGACAGCCGACCGCAUAAGUUCCAUUCAGGCAGCUUGAAUAGGUGGCCGGCGCACUGUGGGACAGACUCAGCACUGCAGGACUCAUAUCUGGCCAGUGACCGAAGUCUCAGACCAAUAGACUCAUACCCGACGAGCGCCCGCUUUCUGGAGCAAUCUGCCGCCAGUCCCUACCCCGCCUCGGACUGCCACUACCUUCCUCCGCGCCCGCCGCCGAGCAGGUCCUCUAAGGAGGUUCCUAGGUGCCUGAGUCGCGAAGCUCUGAGAUCCGCCGUCUCCUUCGGCCUUCAUGAAAGUGAUGGUCGCGCACCGUCGAUGAAGGCUCCCUCGCCUGAGCCCUUAAAUGACGGCGCCCGCCGGUACCUGGAGUCGAUCCGGCAGACGCAGCAGUUCUCUCAGCCCUGGAGCCGCAACAGCUACAAGGACACCGGCCCGACCUGGGAGGGAGCCACACCUUCACCCAGCGACCGUUUCAGCAGGCAAACCGGGUCGCUGAGAGGGACGCUGUCUCGCUAUGGCCACCAGGGGAACGACUCUCCUUCUCUCAGGACUCCGUCGCCCUCUCCGCGCGGGCGGACUUUCGUGUCAGACAGAGUUCUGGAAUCCCUGAAGGAUUCUGAAAGACAAAGAAGUAAAUCUGGAUCAUCAUCUCCGCAGAGCCCGCGGUCGUCGCCCUGCUCCCGCCGCUGCCGCUCCGUCACAAGAGAGCCGGAGUCUCCCGCCGAGGAGAGGAGUCAGUCAUUCACGCAGAACCUGAUGCAGAGACUGCGCAGGAGGUCGCUGUCUCCCUCUCUCCGGACACUCACGCCACAAGGCUCUCCGGUUCUCGGCAGGAGAUCCCACAGAGGCUCCGACGCCACUUCAGAAGGGGCGUUCAAGAGGCAUGGGAGUCUGCCCAUUCCUCGGAAACACAGCUUAGAGAGAAACUGGAGAUCCAGCUCCCUCCGGCACCCACGUGCCCAGACCGGAGUUAUGCAAACCUUGAACAACAUCAUCUCUUCACGGAAGGAAAGUGAGGCCUGCUUUGCCCUGCUCCCCACGCCGCCUUCGGACACUGCCUCGCCCCGGAGCCCGCUGCCCAACCCUGCCAGUACCCUCUCGAACUACAUGGGAAAGUCCAGUUCACACAGGACCUCCGUAUCCUCAGCGUACCCUAGAGAAGCGCAAGAUUCGAGCUCCUCGACCGGAAGUUCGACGGACGAGUCACCGUCCUCGUCGAGCGGACUCAGCGGCCGUCGCAGCAGCAGGUCUUGCGAGGUGGACCCCGGCUCGUCCUUCAAGAGAAAAGAACUGAGCAUGACAACUCCCUUCCCAAUCGCAACCAGAGCAUGGGAUGAGGCAAGACUGAGUCUCAUGAACCGCCACGCCAGAAGUGAGCUGGACGAGUCGCUGACGUGGCUGCGGGGCUGCGAGGGCUCGCCCACGAGGGACAGCCUGUGCUCCACCGAGGAGUCGGGUGACGAGUCGAGGCUGCUGCCCGACUCCUUUGACGCUGACAUCUUGCACGUGAUGGGGUUCGGUCACGCCGAAGGCCCCAUGGGCGCGCCCGAGGCUUUAGGAACGAGGGCGACAGCCACUCACGGUGACCACGUGCGCUAUCUCAUCAGCAACGACGAGGAGUACUUGGUGUCCCUCGACCAGAUGCUCCACGACUACCGGGAGAUGUACAAGAAGACGCCGCCCCACAUAAGGCAGCACUUCGACCUCGUCUUCAAGCAAGUGGGACUCAUAAACGCCUUUCAGCGUCUCCUCCACAACGCUAUAAAGGAAGCUUCGAGAAACCUAACUCUGUUGGCCGAAGUGUUCAGAAACGUCCAGUUCGAAGUUUACAGAGGAUACAUGAUAAUGACGCCGACGGUACAAAAAGAACUGUACCGCUAUUCGUCUCAUUUUGACGAACACUUUCCGAAUUUGAAAAGAAAUAUCCUCAAGCCGUCCAUGCGACUCAAUUUCUACGCCAUGGCGCUGGACGGCCUCAAGAAGCACGGCACCGAAAACGAGAAAAUGGAACUUCAGCGUUCCAUUGACUUCCUGAACCAACUUAAGCGCCAAGCCAACACCGAGAUCACGCUGGCCACCGUCGUCAACAGCCCCGUCGACCUGCGGCUGGGCGGCGACAUGCUCUUCAUCGGUGAGCUCUCCUGUCUGAGCGGAGGAACUCUCCAGAAAAAGAAAUACAGCAUGAUACUCUUCGAAAACAUGUUAGUCAUCGUGUCCUCCAAGAUGUCCUAUUUCAAGUAUAAGAUUCACUACAGAUCAGAACAGCUUUAUGACGUCGAGCCUUAUGGCCCUAACGAUUUCCUUCUGUCUGUUCUGUCCGAGGGACAGUUGCAGGUAAUACCACUGAAGUUUAAGGCAAAGAGCACAGCCUUGCGUGAUCAAUGGGUCGCAGAAUUGCAAAAGACCAUUUCAAAAAAUAAGCCGUCGCCAUGCGAGAGCCCGCACUCGCAGAUCAUCUCAGGUAAUACAUUUGGCCUCCUCAUGCCGUUGAGCCUCUUCUCAGUGUAUCCUCAGCUCAGAAUAACGUUAGAGGAUACCCGAGCACCCGAAGAGACCAAACCCAUCGAGGAGGUCUGCCAGAAACUGAUCCGCACGGAAAAGUUGUUCAUUAAGAAUCUAUCGACGUUGUUGCACCCGGAGGUCCUCCCGCCGCCCGAGAGCCUGCACGAUCUUCUUGGAAAAUUCCUUAGUGUCUAUAGUACAAGCAUCCUCCCGGAGCUUGAGCAGGCUCUAGCAACCAGCGCUUAUGAAUUGCUAUCAUGUCUCAUGCGGAAAUUGGACAACAUGGAGAUAUAUUCGGAUUAUCUUCUUAUAAGAAGUCAGCUCACACUUAGGCUCGAAAGGGAUGUUCGCGCGAAGCUGUACAUCUCUCCCGUGCAGCACCUGGAGUGCUACAUCCUAUGGCUGCGUGAGGUCGCCCUCAAUGACAAGUACCGCGACAUCGCCCAGAGGAUUGAGAGAAAGCUGUAUGACUACAUAAUGAACGCGCAGAUCCGUUUGCUGACAGAGACCAUCAGGAACGGCCGCGUGGAUUUCCGCAGGAGCGGGAACCUGAUACGCAACGACGCCGUGGACGUGAAGACGCGGAAGAAGGGCGUCCCUUACGGCACGUACCAGGCGCUCCUGUUCCAGAAGGUGGUCAUCAUCACCAAGGCCAAGCCGCCCUUCUACGAAUACAUCUGGGAUAUUUGGCUCGACCAGGUCAACCUCGGGCCGCCUUGCAACGACGCCGCCAGCUUCAAGCUCGAGGUGCGUCAAGGCGGCGGCAGGGAGCCCAUCACGUACGAGUUUCAUGCUGCGAGCGAGGAGGUGAAGCAGGAGUGGAUUCGGAGCCUUCAGCAGGAGCUCGUCCUUCAGGCUGAGAAGAUUCGGCGUCGCUCAGCGUCGCAUUUCUGAGGGAGACGCGCAGGCAAUGAGUUCCGGAGGCAUGCAAACAGGCAGUUGACUCCGGAGGCAGGCAAGCAGAGAGUGGGUUCCGGAAGCAGGUGGUAUUAGAGUAAGGGAUGCUAACGCACAUACAUACCACAGCAUAGUGUUCUCCGAUUCAUUUGUAGUGUAAAUAAAGGCGGGUGUAGAGGAGAGAGAGAAAACCAACUUAUAGAUCCUUUAUCAUGAUUUCUUUCUUGUUUUCACACACACGCGCGCACGCGCACCCGCACUCGCACACACACACUGACGCACGCACGCACACACACAGAUAUAAGGAGAGAGAGGGAGAGAGAGAGAGAGAGAGAGAGAGAGAGAGAGAGAGAGAGAGAGAGAGAGAGAGAGAGAGAGAGAGAGAGAGAGAGAGAGAGAAAUUGGAAUAACUACUUUGAACAUCUUUAGUACUUCCUGUUAAAUGCAGAAGGUACAUGUAAAUGGGAAUGUAUAUUCUAGAAUAAAUAUACAAUACAAUUGUAUUCAAGAACAUAAUUA